GCGUCACUUCCGGCCGGCCCACUAGAAGCGGCGGCGGCGGCGGCGGCGGCGGCGGCGAGGAGGGCGAGGCCGCAGGAUCCAGCAGCUGAGCAGUAGGACUAGACGUACCAGCAAUGACCAGCUCUCCUGUCUCUAGAGUUGUCUACAACGGCAAGAGGAAUAGCAGUCCCCGCUCUCCCACCAACAGCAGUGAGAUCUUCACACCAGCGCAUGAAGAGAAUGUGCGCUUCAUUUAUGAAGCCUGGCAGGGUGUUGAGCGAGACCUGCGCAGCCAGCUGUCCAGUGGGGAGCGGUGCCUAGUGGAGGAAUAUGUGGAGAAAGUUCCCAACCCCAGCCUGAAGACCUUCAAGCCCAUCGACCUGAGCGACCUGAAGCGCCGGAACACGCAGGAUGCCAAGAAGUCCUAGAGUGCCUGGCGCCCCUCCCCUGGCCUCCAGAAGAUCAGGGUGCACUUGAUGUUGGUUUCCUCUGUUCCUGUGGCGCUGCUCCUGGGAGGGGGGGAGGAGAGUGUGCUCUAGCAGGCCGUAAUCCCCAGAGCCAGCAGGAUUGAUGAUCAAGGCCCUACCUGUCCUCUCCAGGGUCUCAAGUUGCCCCUGUCACUGGGGGAAUAGGAGUCUGACUGUAUCAGCCCUGUCCUUUUCUCCUGGCCAGCUGCAUCUUGGGUAGCACCUGGCCCUACCUACCCAGCCCUCUCUGCUGUUACCUGCCAUGCCUCGCCCCUCUCCUUCCUGGCUACUUAAGGUCAGGAAGGAAAAAAGGGGACCUCUGUUUCUUCGGCUGUGGAACCUUGAAGUGACCAGAAAGUAGGACAUGUGCAGUCCCACCUGCAUCCAGUGUGGCUCUCUCCAUGGAGACUUGCUGUUCUUCUGCCCUGGACAUUUGGGGAGCUCCCCCUUCCAUCCCCACUGUCCAUCCUGACCCUUCCUUACCCCAGUUUCAGAGUCGAAUCAGCUCUGGGCCUAGGACAGUACUGGCUCUCUGAGAGCAACUAGGCCUUUUGUCCUGGUACCUGCAGCCCUGUGGUCACAGUAGUGCCCUUGGACAGGGCACUAAGGCUGACCCUGAAGGAGUGGUGCUGCCAGGCCUGUCCUGGCUUUCUGGGGUGUACUGGGAGGAUCACCAAGACCCCCUUUUCUCGUGCCCUCUUGAAUCCAAGUGUCUAUGUAGCUUUGGAGACUGAGGGUCUGUGAAUAAAGGUGGGUGGCACUGGAA